UCCACACCCGCGCACUCCUUCCAUCGCCCAUGUCGACCUACACGUUGCACUACUGGCCCGAGAUCCCCGGGCGCGGCGAGUACGUCCGCCUCGCGUUCGAGGCCGCCGGCGAGCCCUACACCGACGACACCGACGUCGGCGCGCUCACCAAGCUCGUCAUGUCCGCGAGCGUCGCCGGGCACCCGCCGCACUUUGCCCCGCCCGUCCUCGAGCUCGCGUCCCCGGCGUCCAGCGCGAAGCGGGCGAAGACGCGCGAGGGGCAGAGCGCGCCCGAGGGCAGCACGCAGUCCGUGUUCAUCAGUCAGACCCCCGCGAUACUCGCGUACCUCGCGCCGAAGCUCGGGCUUGCGGGCGAUGUCGAGGGCGACUCCGAGGAAGAGAGGGAGUUGAGGAGGGCCAGGGUUAACCAGCUCGUCUUGACGGCGCUGGACUUGUCGAACGAGACGCACGAUGUGCACCACCCUAUCGCCUCAAGUCUCUACUACGAGGAUCAGAAAGAGGAAGCCAAGAGGCGCGCGGAGGACUUCCGCAAGAAUCGUAUUCCGAAGUUCUUCCAGUACUUCGAGGAAGUCCUCACCUCGAACCCCGCCAAGUCGCACAGGCUCGUCGGGUCCACCACGACCACCGCCGACCUGGUGCUCUUCCAGGUAGUCGACGGCCUGCAGUACGCGUUCCCGAGACUCCUCGCCUCCUUCGAAAAGGCAGGGAAGUACCCCGCCCUCUUCGAGGCGACGAAGUCUGUUGCGUCGGAGGAGAAAUUGAAGGCGUACCUCGCGAGCAGCCGGCGCAGGAAGUACGGGAUGGGGUUGUACAGGCACUACGAGGAGCUGGACGGCGAUGCUUGAAGGUAAAAGUGAAAUUGACUUGAAAGUGUGCUUGUAAGAGCUGUGAUUUAACAACGUAUUGUUGCCAACCCCUGGCGAGACGCAGAGCGCCUUCGAGAGCAUCGGUAAUAAGAUCAACCUCCAAAGUAUCAGAAACUGCCGUGCCAGUGCACCCGGAGAGAAGGGCUACAGUCCGUGCCCUCCCUGCUCAGCCGUGUCCCAGGGUAGUGAAUGGCAGGCAGCAUCGUACAGCGUCAGCAGCCGGGGAGGACGCUUGCAGCGCACUGAAUUGAGGCUGCGCAGGGAUAGCAGCGGUGUGGUAUCGAUGAAAUGAGUGAAUCGAAUAGAGACACUGGCAGGGCAAAAGCCUUGUCGAACAUCAGCACGGGCAGUGGCAGCGCCUAUCUCUACCCGCGGCGGGUCUGCCAAAUAUGGAAGAGGAGAGUGUCUCUAGUCCCCAGGAUCGGGGUCCUUACAGAGGCAGAGCGUCGCCAACGUGCAGUACAUGUCUCGACAUUG